CUGAACGCAGCAGCAGCCACUGAGUCUCAGUGAGGUUUGAAGAAAGCCUCCAAACCAACUUCAGGCUGCUCCGAGGAAACACACACACACACACACGCUCCUGGGACAACCUUCUGUCACGUUUCAACCACAGUCCGAGCAGAAAGCGGUGAAGAUCAUUAAAGAUGCCGGCCACAGAGAAGGACCUGGCCGAGGACGCUCCGUGGAAGAAGAUCCAGCAGAACACCUUCACGCGCUGGAUCAACGAGCACCUGAAGUGCGUCAACAAGCGGAUCGUGGACUUGCAGAUGGACCUGGACGACGGCAUGAAGCUCAUCUACCUGCUGGAGGUCCUCAGCCACAAGAAGAUGUACAGAAAGUACCACCCGAGGCCCAACUUCAGGCAGAUGAAGCUGGAGAACGUGUCGGUGGCUCUGGAGUUCCUGGACAAGGAGAACAUCAAGCUGGUCUCCAUCGACUCUAAAGCCAUCGUGGAUGGGAACCUGAAGCUGAUUCUGGGUCUGGUCUGGACUCUGAUUCUGCACUACUCCAUCUCCAUGCCAGUCUGGGAGGGCGAGGAAGAGGAGGCAGAGUCAAAGACGCCGAAGCAGCGUCUGCUGGGAUGGAUCCAAAACAAAGUCCCUGAUGUGACGAUCAACAACUUCAGCAAGGACUGGAAGGACGGCAAGGCUCUGGGAGCACUGGUGGACAGCUGUGCACCAGGCCUGUGUCCAGACUGGGAGACCUGGGAUCCAGUGAAACCAGUGGAGAAUGCCACUGAAGCCAUGCAGCUGGCUGAUGUCUGGCUGGGCAUCCCGCAGGUGAUGGCUCCCGAGGAGAUCAUUGAUCCCGCUGCGGAUGAACAGUCGAUAAUGACGUACCUGUCUCAGUUCCCCAAAGCCAAACUGAAGCCAGGAGCUCCACUCAAACCCAAACUCAACCCCAAGAAGGCCCGCGCAUACGGACCAGGUAUUGAACCAGCGGGGAACCGGGUGCUGCGUCCCGCUGUGUUCACGGUGGACACGUUCAGUGCAGGUCAGGGUCAGGUGACCGUCUACCUGGAUCACCCGGACGGCACCAGAGAGGAGUUAAAGGCGGAGCCUAAUGAGGGCAAGAAGACGUUCAGGGUCUCAUAUAUUCCUCAAGUCAUGGGACCUCACAAGGUGACGGUGAUGUUUGCAGGCCAGCAGAUUCCCAAAAGUCCAUAUGAGGUGGACGUGGACAAGGCGCUGGGAGACUCCUCCAAGGUCACGGUCAAAGGCCCGGGAAUCGAACCUGUGGGCAUCAUCGCCAACAAACCGACCUACUUUGACAUCUUCACUGCAGGAGCCGGUACAGGAGACGUGACGGCCAUGAUCAGAGACCCUCAGGGUCAGCAGAACGUCGUGGAGGUGAUGAUGGAGGAUAAGGGCGACAGCACAUAUCGCUGCACCUACCGGCCCACUCAGGCCGGCCCGCACACCGUCACCGUCACCUUCGGAGGGGCGGGAAUCCCCAAGAGCCCGUUCAGCGUGGACGUGGGGCCUGCCUGCGUGCCGGGGUCGUGCAGGGCGACGGGUCGCGGCCUCCAGCCGUCGGGAAUGAGGGUGAAGCAGGUCGGUGACUUCAAGGUGGACACCAAAAACGCAGGCAGUGGAGACCUGAAGGUGCUCGUCAAAGGACCCAAGGGCAUCGAGGAGCCGGUGAAGCAGAUCUCCAGUCAGGACGGUGUGUUCUCCUAUGAGUAUCAUCCCAACAGCCCCGGCAAAUACACCAUCUCCAUCACCUGGGGGGGUCAGCAUAUCCCCAAGAGUCCGUUCGACGUGUCCGUGGGUCGGGAAGCGGGGUCUCAGCAGAUCAGAGCCUGGGGUCCUGGUCUGGAGGGAGGCAUUGUGGGUAAACCUGCUACCUUUGUAGUGGAGUCCGUCGGCACUGAUGUCGGAGUGCUGGGUUUUGCCAUCGAGGGACCUUCUCAGGCUAGAAUCGAGUGCGAGGACCAGAACGACGGCUCAUGUGAUGUCCGUUACUGGCCGCUGGAGGCCGGAGAAUACGCCGUCCAUGUGACCUGUGAUGAGGAGGACAUCGAACACAGCCCCUUCAUGGCCUACAUCGUCCCCGACAACAACGCCAGUGACGCAGAUAAGGUUACGGCUUCCGGGCCGGGGCUUGAGAAGACUGGCUGCCUGGUCAGCCAACCUGCCGAGUUCACUGUCAGCGCUAAGGAUGCUGGGAAAGGACCUCUGAAGAUCACAGCUCAGGAUGCAGAUGGACUUCCUGUGGAGGUAAAGGUGAGGAGUAAAGGUGACGGGCUGUACUCCUGCUCCUACUCGCCCACCUCCCCCCUCAAACACACCUUGGCCGUCACCUGGGGAGGAGUCAGCGUCCCCAACAGCCCCUUCAGGGUGAACGUGGGUAAAGGCAGCCACCCCAAGAUGGUGAAGGUGUUCGGCCCUGGAGUGGAGAGAACUGGGCUGAAGGCCAACGAGCCAACACACUUCACUGUGGACUGUUCAGGAGCUGGAGACGGUGAUGUCAGCGUGGGCAUUAAGUGUGACGCCAAAAUGGUCGGUGACAAAGAGGCCGAUGUGGACUUUGACAUCAUUCCCAACGCCAACGACACGUUCACUGUCAAAUACAUGCCUCCUGCUGCUGGAAGACUCACCGUUAAAGUCCUGUUCACCGACAAGGAAGUUCCACAAAGCCCCUUUCACGUCAAAGUCGAACCUUCUCACGAUGCAUCGAAGGUCAAAGCAGAAGGUCCUGGACUGGCUCGCACUGGUGUGGAGAGCGGGAAGCCGACUCAUUUCACAGUGUUGACCAAAGGAGCCGGUAAAGCACCGCUGGAUGUUUCCUUCUCUUCUCCCGUCAAUGACUUUGAUAUCAUCGACAACUACGACUACUCCCAGACCGUCAAGUACACACCUGUACAACAGGGGGAGCAGGCGAUCACGGUGAAGUUUGGAGGAGAUCCCAUCGCCAAGAGCCCGUUUACAGUCGGCGUCGCUGCCCCGCUGGAUCUCAGCAAAGUCACCGUGGAUAACCUGGAGGGAAGAGCGGAGGUCAAUCAGGAGCAGCAGUUUCUGGUGGACACAAAGGGAGCAGGAGGUCAAGGUCGUCUGGAGGUGGCAGUGCUGAGUCCCAGCCAGCGGGCGGUGAAGUGUAAAAUGGAGCCUCAGCCCAGGAAAGCAGAUGUCAGUCUGGUCCGUUACACCCCCACAGAGGAGGGGGUCCACUCUGUCAACGUGUCCUACGACGGACACCCCGUCCCUGGGAGCCCCUUCCCUGUGGAGGCCCAGCUGCCUCCAGACCCGAGCAAGGUGAAGGCGUUCGGUCCCGGUCUGAAGGGAUGUCUGGUGGGAAACCCGGCAGAGUUCACAAUCGACACCAAGGGCGCCGGCACCGGAGGUCUGGGGCUGACGGUGGAGGGGCCGACCGAGGCCAAGAUCGAGUGUUCGGACAAUGGCGACGGGACCUGCUCCGUCUCCUACCUGCCCACCGAGCCCGGAGACUACCUGGUUAACAUCCUGUUUGAGGAGGUCCACAUCCCAGGCUCGCCAUUCAAAGCCGACGUCCAGAUGCCCUUUGACCCCUUGAAGGUGGUGGCGUCCGGGUCGGGCCUGAAAAGAGCGAAGGUUGGAGAGACCAGUGUGGUGAAUGUGGACUGUUCCCGGGCCGGACCGGGACAACUCACCCUGGAGGCCACACCGGACUCCUCGCCGACCAGCCCGACGGGGUCUGCACCGAGCUCUGGUGUUAAAGCUAAGACGGAGGUGGUGGACAACAAAGACGGGACCUACACGGUGACCUACGUCCCCCUGACCUCCGGCAUGUACACGCUGCUGCUGAAGUACGGAGGCAAGGCCGUGCCCAGUUUCCCUGCCAAGGUGAUGGUGGAUCCUGCCGUGGACACCUCCAAGGUCAAAGUGUUCGGACCCGGAGUGGAAAAACAAGCUGUUUUCAGAGAAGCCACCACAGCGUUCACGGUGGACGCCCGUCCUCUGAGCCGGCGAGGAGGAGACCACGUGAAGGCGGAGGUCAAGAACCCGUCCGGAGCACUGACAGACUGCCAGAUCACAGACAAUGCGGACGGGACCUACAGCGUGGAGUACACUCCCUUCGAGAACGGUGUCCACAGCGUGCAGGUUCUGUAUGACGACACUCCGGUUCCUAAGAGCCCGUUCAGGGUGUCUGUGUCUGAUGGAUGUGACCCCAGCAGAGUGGUGGCUACUGGCCCCGGGCUCCAACAAGCCCUGACUGACAAGACUAACAACUUCAACAUCAUCACCAGAGGGGCUGGCACCGGCGGUCUCGGCAUCACUGUGGAGGGUCCGUCCGAGUCGAAGAUGUCUUGCAAAGACAACAAAGAUGGCAGCUGCAGCGUGGAGUACAUUCCCUACACCCCCGGCCUCUACGACGUCAACAUCACGUACGGAGGAGAGCACAUCCCCGGAAGUCCUUUCAAGGUCCCAGUGAAGGACGUGGUGGACUCCAAUAAGGUCAAGGUGACUGGUCCCGGUGUGGGGUCAGGGGUCAGGGCCAAAAUCCCACAAUCCUUCACUGUGGACUGCAGGAAGGCUGGCGUGGCCCCGCUGGCCGUGGCCGUCACCGGUCCUAAAGGCGUCGCAGAGCCCGUGGAGGUGACAGACAACGGGGACGGGACUCACCUGGUGUCCUACACUCCGUCUGUGGAGGGAUCGUACUCUGUGGGCGUCAAGUACGCGGAGGAGGACGUCCCCCGCAGUCCCUUCAAGUUUCGGGUUCUGCCGACUCACGAUGCCAGUAAAGUGCGAGCCUCCGGACCCGGGCUGACCAGUGGCGUCCCCGCCAGUUUCCCCGUCGAGUUCAACAUCGACGCCAAGGACGCCGGCCAGGGCCAACUGAGCGUGCUCAUCACGGACCAGGAUGGUAAACCCAAGCAGCCCAGCAUCCACGACAACGGUGACGGUACAUACGGAGUGUCUUACAUCCCGCACCGCGCCGGCCGGUACACCAUCGUCAUUAAGUACGGCGGUGACGACAUCCCCGGCUCGCCUUACAGAGUCCGUGCCACAGCAACCGGAGACGCCAGCAAGUGCUCCGUCACCGGUCCAGGUGUGGGUCCCACGGUGGCCAUCGGCGAGGAGCUGGGCCUGGUGGUGAACGCCAAGGGUGCUGGGAAAGGGAAGGUGAGCUGCGUGGUGGUUCAGCCCGACGGCAGCGAGGUGGAGGCCGAGGUGCUGGAGAACGAGGACGGCACCUUCGACAUCUUCUACACCGCGCCGGCGCCCGGGAACUACGUCAUCUAUGUCCGCUUCGGAGGGGAGAACGUCCCACGCAGUCCCUUCAAAGUCAUGGCCACUGAUGAGGUACCCAUGAUGCAAGAGACGAGGUCUUUUCAGCAACAGGCCCCCCCCGGAGCUGGCCUCCAGCCCUGGUUUAAUGUGGUCGCCUGA